CACUGCUACAUUACAUAGAGUAAAGCUUCGCGUUCGCAUAAAGUCUGCCGGAGUUCAAGCAACUAAUCUAUAAGUUUGAUGACGACGGCGAUUUUGAAUGCUGCGGGUAGAUACACGUCUCGGUAGAGUAUAUUUCUAAAACAAUAAUUAGCUAUUUUCGUGUGCAAAAUAUUCGUUAGUGGUUCGAUCGGUUCUAAAAGUGAAACGCAGCUAUUAGCAAAAUACAACUAGAAAAAUGAUGGACGGAACGAUUGAGGAGAAUGGUAACGGAGCUUCGCUGCCGACUAGCCCACUCGAGGGUGGUAAUCAAGAGUUUGUGCCCUCUCAUAAAAUGACAUCCGGAAAUGGAUCAAUGGCCGAUGGAGCCCAACCACAACAACAGCAACAGGGCAAUAACAAAGCUGAAAACACGACGCUUCCUCCUAAUUCCCUACUGGUGGAUAUUUCGGAUGCUUUGAGUGAGAAGGAGAGAGUAAAAUUUACGGUCCAUACUCGUACUAACUUACCAGGAUUUGCAAAGACAGAUUUUUUGGUUGUCCGACAGCAUGAGGAAUUUGUGUGGCUGCACGAUCGAUUCGAGGAGAAUGAAGAGUACGCUGGUUAUAUCAUUCCACCUUGUCCUCCCAGGCCCGAUUUCGAUGCUUCUCGUGAAAAACUACAACGGUUGGGUGAAGGCGAGGGAAACAUGACCAAGGAGGAGUUCAAGAAAAUGAAACAAGAGUUGGAAGCGGAAUAUUUGGCCACUUUUAAGAAGACUGUAGCAAUGCAUGAGGUGUUUUUAACCCGAUUGGCUACGCAUCCGGUGUUUCGCGAUGAUGCACAUCUGAAGGUGUUUCUGGAAUUCGACCAGGAUCUUUGUGCUAAGUUAAAGAAGAAAAUUGACGUGUUCGGUGGACUAAUGAGAAGCUUGGGUAAAACAACUGAUGAGAUCUAUUUGGGAGCGACGGUAAAGGACGUGAAUGACUUUUUUGAGCGCGAGCUGCAAUUUUUGGGUGAGUAUCAUGCCCAUCUAAAGGAAGCGGCAGUACGGACUGAGAAGAUGACCAACAAGCAUAAGGAAGUGGCUGAUUCACAUAUUCGGAUCUCGUCUGCACUAAUGUCACUCUCGACGGCUGAACAUGGCAGUAUGGAGCGUUUUCUAGCCAAAACGGCAGAUAUUUUCGAAAAGAUUAGAAAUAUGGAAGGACGCGUGGCAAGCGAUCAGGAUCUGAAGCUGGGUGACACUUUGCGGUACUAUCAACGGGACAGUAAUGCUGCUAAAGCACUCUUGAUUCGCCGAUUGCGCUGUUUGGCAGCAUAUGAAGCAGCCAAUAGGAAUCUCGAGAAGGCAAGAGCAAAAAAUAAGGACGUUCAUGCGGCGGAAAUGGCUCAAACACAGGCAUGCGAGAAGUUCGAAUCGAUGUCCGGUCGUGGCAAGGAGGAACUGGUCAGUUUUCGGCUUCGUCGAGUAGCUGCCUUUAAGAAAAGUUUAAUCGAAUUAGCUGAGCUGGAAAUGAAGCACGCCAAAGCGCAGUACGAACAUCUGCGUCAGUCGUUACUGUCGCUGCAGGACACUGCCGCCUAGGGGCCUAACUACAAUUGCGAUGCAAACUUGUGUGAUAGAUUUGGACCUUAGAAUACCAUGCGGACGUAUGUUGUUUAUAGCAUCACUUCAGUGGGCUCGAGUAGCGAAAAGAUAAAAUAAAAUAGAUAGGACGUGAUCCACGUUUCAACAUACGAUGGCAAAAAAUGUCACCUGUCUGUAUGAAUGUUUGUAUAUGUGCGUGGAACAAUAUUGCGUAAUAAGCUAGAAACAAAAUUUAUACGCGGAUGCAUCGGAUAGUCGUGACUAUAACAAUUUCGGCUUAGACUUGACCAUUGACUGGUCGGUCUGUAAGACGAUAAACACGAAAUUACCCCUUUAAAUCCCUAGAAGCAAAAUAGGAGAGCCUCAUAAGACGAACGGAUACAAGAAAAACGAUAUAUUCCAUACAUUAUUUCAAAUGUUGCCUUUUGACUAUGAUUAAAUCAAACAUUCUAGUUCUCGUUACUCAUGCUUUUGUUAGAUAGUUUCUUAUUCAGUUGCAACGUAACAUUCUUAUAUUUUUAUAUGUAUCUAUUAGUUUGGAAAAAAAACUCCGAAUAUAUUUUUUUAUCGAAUAUCUAACCGUGCGAUAUAUGGUCAGGUGUAAUGAACUUCAACACGUGCAUAGUUAUGGUAUUUUAUUUACCAUAUUUUCGUCGAAGGAUAUAUAAAUGUAACGCAGAUCAUAAGACAUUUGAUAAUUUUUUGACCAUUUGGCAGAAAUAGCAAUUAACAUUACAACAGAAUCAUAAUAGAACACCGUUUCUUUUUAAGACUAUAUUAUUAUAAUUAUUACAAUUAUUAAUAUGAUCAUUAUUAUUAUAUAUUUAAAGAAUAUGAUGAAAGAUUAUGUA